CACACACCUCGCACACACACCACAUCCGCACGCACAGACACGCACAGACACGCACAGCAAAUACAAACAACAGCGAUGAUGGUGGCAGAGGCCGCAUUUACGUUACACCACCACCAAGGCUCACAUCAGCACAUCAGAGUGUGUCGACGCGUUCUUGUUGCUUGUUGCUGACUCUUUUGUUCCUCUCCUUCCUGUUGAAUGUCUCGCAAGAUGCCUGUGCUUGGGUCGCCGUUCAGCGAUGUGAGCUGUGACCUCGUUGAGUACUGGGAGGCCAAGCUCGAGAAGACGUCUGUGCGAUACAGGCACGCACAGCGUUCCAAAGGAACAAAGCAACGGCACUGGCGGCAGGUGGCGCGCGAGACUGGUGGAGAUGGAGCAGAGGGCGCAGAGGCCGUUCGCCAGUCUCGCAAGGAAAGCAAGCUCAGCCCACGCCAACAACGAAAGCUGCGCCGAGACGCCCGCAAGGCACAGGACAUGAAGGAGAUGCUCGAGGACGUGAUUGAGAAGCAGCAAGCGCACAAGGACGAGCGCAUCCAGCGCCACAUUGCAGCUUUCUCCAAGACAGCGUCCUCCACGCAUCCCGUUUCUCAGCGCCAACCCUUUGGCAGCGGUGGUGGUGCAAGUUCAGCAACACGCGGCCGUGGACGUGGUCGUGGCCGCUCGUCUCACCGACAGGGGCCUGUGCGCCAACCAGUUCUCAAUGAGCACGCCACUCUCCAAACCAGCGCAUAUUGGUUCGACCCACCGCCGUCAAAGGAUCAGUGCCUGCGCUUGGCCAUGCAGCAGCUCACCGCAGUCACAUCCGCGCCCCUCGAUCACCUGCACGACGUGUGCGCCGUCUGCGCGUGCGAGCUCUAUGAACCCGCAAGUGCGGAACCAGAUGUAGAGCAGCAACAGGAGGCAACACAGGAGGCAACAGAGGCGCCACACACCCACAGUGACACGGACGAUUCCGGGUGCGGCAGCGACACGGCUGAGGAGGAUUCGCGCCCCUCCCCGGCCUCACCACCACCACGCCUCUUCAUCCGCAGCAGCAGCAGCAGCAAGUACAGCUGCAACAGUGAGGCUGCAACAACAACAACUACAACAACAGCGACAACGACAACAACAACGACAACAACAAUAACAACUACGACAACAAAGACGGAAGUACAGAAGAAGGUCGCGGCAGUGGUGCCGGCAGAUGGGGAGGAGGUUGUCUCCCUGCGCGGCUGCAAGCACACGUUCCAUCGCGACUGUAUUGCGCACGCCUUCAAGUACCACACGCGCUGCCCCGUGUGCCUCGUCGAGCUUGCGCCCCAGCAGGGCCCGCAGCCAGCCGGCACCAUGUCUGUCUCCGUCAUGCCGCACAUCGCAUGCGCUGGCCAUGAGCGCGACAGCAGAGGCACCAUCGUCAUCAACUACAGCUUUCCCAGUGGUCGGCAAGACGAGCGGCACGAGCAUCCCGGCUGCAUGUACUCGGGCACAUACAGGGUGGCGUAUCUGCCCAACAACAAACAAGGCCGCGAGGUGCUGGCGCUGCUACAAGUGGCAUUCGAUCGAAGGGUCAUUUUCCGAGUUGGCACAUCAAUUACAACAGGUGUCUCAAACACCGUCGUCUGGAACGGCAUCCACCACAAGACGUACAUUGGAAGGGGCCCCUUUGGAUACCCGGAUGCAACGUACUUGCUUCGUGUCAAGGAGGAGCUUGGUGCGUGUGGGAUCAGCGCGUGAUGUGUUUUUCUCAAGCGCGUCCAAGCGAAAGGUGUGGCGCGUAUCCGAACAUAACGUGGUGUAACAUAACAGUAAACGAUCUUUCAACUGGGGA